UAACAUUUAGAGCAGAUCAUCCGCGGUCAAAUUCCUAAGUUCUCCGUUUCUGUUAACUGAACUUAUUUGAUGUCGUUAGGGAAAACUUUUGCAGCUUUAAGAAUGAAACAGAAUAUUGCCUUUGAGUCUCUUCUCUCCGUGCGUCUUGGCGCGCAGUGCGCUCUGGUGCCUCUCGAGCACGCAAAGGGUUAAACGGGAUUACCAGCAAUCCAUUUAACAGGCAGGUGCCCCGCCAGUCCAGCCCAAAGCUAACCACUCACUUCUGAAGAAAAAAAAAGUUCAUUUCAGGAGCAACCCAGAACUGUCAUAUUGCGGGAAACUUGCCGAGUCCUGGUAACGGUGAUGGCUGCGGAUCGGUGGUAUAAAUAGAGCAUCAUUGCCGCCGAAGUGGGAUAUGAGACAGAUCAAUCAGCUGACUCGCAUCGUCCUGACCAUCGUGUGAUGCGCUUCUGAGUUGUGGUGCCGUUUCUCCAACUUUCCAAUCAGAGUUUCCUCACUGCUGUAUCACAGAAAUCUUAAACUAAAUAACUUCACUGCUUGCUGAACUGUGUUCCGCUCUGGAGAUGUGGUGGAUGCUUUUUCCACGCUGGAUCUGGUUCCUGGCGUGUGUGUCACUGUGGAUGGAGACGCAGGUUGGAGUUCUGUCGCAGAUCAGCUAUUCUCAUGCGGGAAUCUGCCCCAAUGACAUGAACCCAAACCUGUGGGUGGAUGCAAUGAGUACCUGCACGCGAGAGUGUGAAUCUGACCAGGAGUGUGAGCCCUUUGAAAAAUGUUGUCAGAAUGUGUGUGGGAAUCGGAGUUGUGUGGCAGCCCGUUAUGUGGAUGGGACCAAAGCCCCAAAGGGAAUGCCAGCAGUAGCCACAUGUGCCAGUUUCAUGUGCACCCAGCAGGGGUCUGAGUGUGACAUCUGGGACGGCCAGCCGGUGUGUAAAUGCAGAGACCGCUGUGAGAGGGAGCCGCACUUCACCUGCGCCUCGGAUGGCAUGACCUACUACAACAAAUGCUACAUGGAUGCAGAGGCGUGCUCCAAGGGCAUCAGCCUGUCCGUUGUCACCUGUCGCUUCCACCUCACCUGGCCUAACACCAGCCCCUCGCUGCCCCAGGCGACCACUCUCCGUCCCACCACUGCUCCCCUUCAGGCGACUAUCCCACCUCCCACCGUGCCACAGCCACCCAUUGUGGUCAGCAGCCCCACUCACCAGACUGUGAAUGUGGGUGACACAGCCAGCUUCUUGUGUGAUGUGACAGGUCGCCCGCGGCCUGAGAUCACCUGGGAGAAGCAGCUGCUAGAGGGUGCAGAGCGGAUGGUGAUGAAGCCUAAUCAUGUGCAAGGUAACAUGGUGGUCACAAACAUCGGACAGCUGGUCAUCUACAAUGCCCAGCCGCGUGAUUCAGGUGUCUACACCUGCAUGGCUCAGAACCCAUCUGGUGUAGUGAAGGCCAACCAUCCUUUAACUGUGUUGCCCACAGACCCACCCGAGACCACUGAGCCAAAGAAUGUGACCCGAUGCCUGCCUGAAGAGUGCCUCAAACCCCCUGACAAUUCAGAGGACUGUGGGAGCGAGAUGGAGAAAGUCAGCUGGUACUUUGAGCCAAAGACAAACAACUGCUUCUCCUUCACCCACUGCCACGGUAACAACAACAGCCAGCAGCCCAGGAAAGUGUUCGACACAUACGAGGAGUGUAUGCAGUGCUGUGGCCCUGAGCUGUCAGGCCCGUGCGGGCUGCCCAGCCUGCAGGGAUCAUGUAAGGCCUACGAGCCACGCUGGGCGUACAGCAGCACCCUGAGGCAGUGUCAGCCCUUCAUCUACGGAGGGUGUGACGGUAACGACAACAACUUUGAAUCCAAAGAGGCCUGUGAAGAAAUGUGUCCUUACCCAAAAAACCACCACUGCAAGACCUGCAAGCCGAGAGGCAAAAUUGUGACAAGCUUCUGCCGGAGCGACUUUGUUGUCCUGGGUCACAUGACGGAGCUCACAGAGGAGAAGGACUCAGGGCACGCCCUUGUGAACGUGGAAGAAAUCCUCAAGGACGAAAAGAUGGGACUCCGCUUCUUUGGCAAGGAGCCUCUUGAGGUAACCUUCCAGAACAUGGACUGGAACUGCCCGUGCCCAAACAUCACAGGUGCUGCCGCUGAGGGACAGGUCAUCAUCAUGGGCAACGUGAAUGACGGCAUGGCCGUCCUUCAACCAGAGAGCUACGUGGGCGCCUCCAGCCCUCGCCGUGUACGGAAGCUGAGAGAGGUCAUAUCUAAAAACACAUGUGAUAUUCUCAAAGCUAUCACCAACAGCCCUCAGUAGGGUUAACUAUAUAAUCUGUACAUAAAGAUUAGAGUUAGAAAAACCUGAAUUGACUGCAAAAGACUGGUAACUUUUGAACGUUAGUUGCUGUAAUAUUUGAAUUUGAGAACCGCUCUUGCGAAAUUUGAAAGAGUCUUUGAAUGCUCUAACAUGUGUAAUGACAUGUCACUUUGUGUGUUUGCAGCAGAACUCUUCUUAACAGAUGCAGUCAUUGGUGUUGUUGAUUGAAAUACCAUGAGACAUCCAUCAUGAUCCCCUUGUUACUUUAAUCCCCCAGACUCCCGCUCCCCUCGUACCCUCUCUGCUUCCGACAGAAAUGGAGGUUGCAGACUUGCAUUAAAGCACCAAACAGACAUGAUUGACUCAGCCAGUCCAUAAUUUGACAGUCACAAAUCUUUUAAAAUACUACGUUUGCCAGUCAUAUUUCUGCUUGGAACUAAUAAUAAGUGAAAACACGACUACGUCAAACCUUCCCCCCUAUACUUCUCAGUUUUCAUGUUGAAUAAAAACAUCCAUAAACCUGUGCAGGUCAUCACAUACACAGUACAACAUGUUGCAUCUGCAAUAACAAAGUGGAUAAGUUGUAAUAUAUUUAAUGAACUGCCAGUUUGUUCCCACAAUAAGACAUUUAUGUGUGUAUCUACUUGCUCUUACUUUUUGCUAUUUAUUAUCAUGAAAGCUUUUCUGCUUUUUCUCUUUUUAUUGUACUUUACAUUUCAUCAGAAAUGAAGCAGCAUAUUGUUGUAUUUUGUGUUACGUUCAAAGAAAAUAAAGAUUUUGG